AAACUGCUUCAGUUCUAUUUGUCAAUAGAAAACUCUCCAAGAUAAAGCAUCUGGGUGUUUGUACCAAAUAUAAUGUCAUUUAACUAAAAGGCAAAAGGGUUUAUACUUCUUUUUAAGAGAUAUUUAAGAUAAUCUUUAUUUUCCACACAUGGAAAAAGCAUAGUGUCAAGAAAUAAUCUUUAAAAACACUAAAAACAUUUGUACAAUUUGAGCAGUGUAGGAUUUUCUGUUGGAUAUUAAAAGACUAUGCUGCAUAUAGUUUACCCGAUUUAGAAGAUCAAUUACUGUGUACAGAAACAACCUACCUAAAAGUGAAAUGGCUGGCUUCUCUCUCACCUCUCACCUGGUUUGACACAGAUACAGAAAGCCAGGUGUAAUCCCCCUCCUGCGCCUCAGUAAACGGAUUAACAGGUUUCAGCUGAGAGCAGCACGACAGCAAGAGAGAAGCGGCGAGAAGGAAGCAGAAGAAACCAGAAAACUCAACCAGGAGGAAAGAAGCGGCGGACGUGUGGAAGAACGAGCGGCCGUUUUGGAGGACAGGCUUUAUUUUAAUUUAAAUCUGGAUGGAUCGGAGCGGGACAGAGAAAAGAGAUCGACUGUCAGGACUGGAUUUGUGGAUCUUUUUCUCAGAUUAUUUUCCCACCCGUUGCUUCUUCACCCAUCCGACACCGAUCCCUCCUCGUGUCCCUGUUGUCCAACUCUCAAACUUCUGCUAACUUGGCUUAAACUAAGCGUUCGUGCUCUCUUAACUAAUUUAACUUACAACCAGGCUGUAAUUUAUCGAAGCAAUGGACCCAGACAGAGAAGAAGCUGAAGUGUUCUUGGACGCAGAAGACCCGAGUCUUCUGACAGCAGAGGACGAGGAUGAGGAUGAGGAAGAGGAGGUGGAUGAGGAGGAAGAUGCUAAGAUCUUCAACGCCUGGAUGCAGCGGUACAGAGGUGGGGAACGGCAGGAGAACAUCGGAGAGGAAGAGGAGGAGGAAGGGGAGUCAGAGGGGCGAAGAGCUGGGAGCAGAAGCAGCGUAGAGCCACCGGUCCAAAUGAGGACCAGCCGCCGGGCGUCGCUGCCGUGUCCGGCUACUCUGUCGGCCAUGCAGCUGUCUCGUCUCCACUCGUCCACCCAGGCUCCGGUGACGGCGAGGGUUCUGCUGCACCGCACCUCCUCCCGACGCCUCCUGCCAACGCCGCAGGAGGUCGUUGCCCCAACCCCCGUCCCCGUCCCCGCCCCCGAGCGAAGACCCUCUCUUGCACCCACAAUCCCCGAGGUCACAGCGCACGAGAGGCGGGGCCAGUUCAGGAGACGCAACGUCGUAUCAUUGGGCGAUGCUUUCAGUAUGUGUCUGAUCUGUCACAACGACUUGAAUCAAGGAACCGGUGGCACCAGAGAGCUGCAGUGCACACACACCUUCCACAAAGAGUGUAUAGAGGAGUGGCUGUGGAGGAAACAGUCCUGUCCCACGUGUCACGUUCAGGUGUCCGUACCUCAGCCCGUCUACUGGACCUCCACCAGGGUCAAAGUCCCCUGAAACCACCAGGAAGGGAGAGCGACAUCAUCAAACUUCCUUAAAACCUGCGGCAGUUUACUGCGACAUCAUCGAAGUCUUCUCAAAUCUAAAGCGUUGGACUGAACCCGUCCUCACCCCAGGUCGUCACAUAUGGACGCGCGGUCAAGACCGUUGCGUUGGGAAGCCCUGUAGCGUCACAACGCACUGAGGGAAGCCCUGUAGCGUCACUUUAAAAAGCUAAAGGUAGGUGUAGGAUAUUUAACAGGACAGUCAGAGUAAGGAGCUGGUUGGGGUGGACUGUGGCCCAGAAACUGGACUUUUACCCUGGACACUGGUGUUCGUUCCCGUGUGACACAAAAAGUCAGCGUUGAAUGUUUUUUUGAGGUUACUUAACAUUCGUAAGUUAACUGACGUAAGUUAAGUUGUUAUUUUUAAGCCAAACCACAAUCUUUUCUGAACCCAACCAAGUAGUUUUGCUGCCUAAACUUAACCGAAUUAUGAUAUUUCAUGAAAUUAACACCUACGUUUAUUUUGAAAGUCUAACUGGACGUUGCCAAAGUCCUUAUAGGCAAGUCCUGCCACUCGGCCGCCAACUUGGCAGCACCUCCGGGCAGCUAUUUCGGACUAACAAGACCGGGCUCCUGUCUGAAUGAAUGGGCAGAGAGCCAGAGCUGCACUUUCACCGGGACAUAAAAACAGAACCAGCAGUCAAAUCUGAAAGUUUGAAGACUUUGCCCCAAAAUAAGGUUUAAAAAGAGUUUUUCCCGACUGGUUUUACUUCUACCACGCAUGUGCAGGAGAAGUAAAACAGACGGAACCACACGAUUGACUGAAAUAUUUUCCCGCUUUGGCUUUCUAGCGGGAGGGGCGGGAUAACCGCCAUCUUUGGCGUUAGGGCCUUUCCCCAUGGAGUUGUAUUGAGGCUGUGAUUGAGUGGCGUGUCUCCUCGAUAAAGCGUCUCUGACGUUGCGUAUGUAUUGUUGCUAACUUAACCGCGGAGCCCUAAACGGUGGAAAAAACUACGCUAAAAGGGUAGCCAGGGCGUUAAAAUGGGGUCUUGACCAAACGUCCAUUUGUGACGAGCGAGACUGCGUUGGACACCAACAUGAUCCCUGCAAAACUUCCAGCUGUGGAUACGACUUCACCAGAGCUUCCAGCAGCGCACUGUGACCUCAUCAAAAUCCCUGAAAUGCCAACAGCAGGACAUCAUAGCGAACAGUGACAUCAUCAAAAUACACUGAAACUUGACGCCGUCACUACAACGUCUCCAUAGUGUUAGUAGAGUCAAUGCUCUGAAUAAAAGAGACAGUUUAUUUAAACAACACAAACAGCCUGAUCUGUUUUCUCUGAAUGUGAAAACACACUAACGUACAGCCACAGUAACCUCACCUGUGUGUGUGCAGCUAGAAGUGGUUAGCAAAUAAUUUACUGACUUUGUUUUUACAGUUUAAGCAGUGUUGUUGAGAUGUCUGAAUAAAGUUUGAUUGAACCAGUGGAGGAAAAA